AUGCGCUGCCUGGCCGCGGAGGCGGCCGCGACGAUAGGGGCCUUCGGCCCGGACGACCUCGCGACGCUGGCCUGGGCCUCGGCGAGGAGCCGCCACGCCCCCGCUGCCCUCUUCCGGGCGAUGGCGCCGCGGGUGCCCCGCGCGCUGCCGGGCGCCUCUCCGCGGAACCUGGCGAACCUGGCUUGGGCGUUCGCCGCCGCUGGCUUCCACGACCGCCCGCUGCUGCUCCCCGUCGCGGAGGCCUCCCGCCGCCGCGCGGGCGAGUUCAAGACGCAGGAGCUCGCCAGCGUGAGUUGGGCCCUCGCCCCAGCCCGCGUCUGCGCCCCCGACGCGCUGGACGAGCUCGCCGCGCGUGCGCUCUCCCGGCUUGGCGAGCUGCGGCCGCAGGAGCAUCCGCGGAGCCUCGUAGUGGCGGUCUCCGCGGUGAAGGGCGAACGCGGCCAGGGACCGACGCUGCAGAUGGAAGAGCUCCGCAACGGCCACGCUGAGGCCACGAGGUCGUCCCUCCCUGGUGAUGCAGAGGGGGCGCGGGUGAGCGACCAGGCCUUCGUCGUGAGGUCCGAGGCCGACGGCGGGGCGUGCUGGCGCCUCGAUCCGUGCGGGGAAGGGUCGAGGUCGAGGGCCGCGCGCGAAGAUGGUGGGGCCAAGGCUGAGGGCGCGGUGCCCCACGUGGCGACCGCCCGCGGCGCCGAGGCCGUGGCGAACGCGCCCGCACCGGAGGCGCUGGACCUCGAGACGAUGCUGGCGGUGCUGGUCCCGCCCAAGAUGGGCAUCAUCAGCCACAAGCCCGUGAAGCAUGUCAACAUGGUGACGUCGCUGGGGAUGCCGUGCCGCGCAGGUGCCUGCGCCACCGCAGCGGGGGAUGGCGCCUCGGCCGAAGACCCCGCCAAACGUGCCGCCGGCGUGUCUAGUUGGUAUGCGCUUGGACUUCCGUGCUGUGCGGGUCGCGCACGUGCCGAUCGGCUCAGCGCGUUGGCUCCAAACGCAAAGGGCAAGAAGGACGAGGGUAAGGUCUAUCAUGACGAGCUCGUGGAGCGUCAGGACCGCGGAUUCGACAAGGGAGGGGCUGCCACCAGGAGGGAGGGGUGGCGAGCCGCCAGCGCGGCGUCCCCAACCGAGGGGUACAGGACUGGAGGCGCAGACCUCAUCGUACUCGACGCUUGCAGGGGCAAGUCGGACGAGGACAAUAUCCAGCACGACGAGAUUGCGAAGCACCGAGACCGCGGGUGUCUGGCGGGGACGAAGGAGGAGGGCCCCGCGGAGACGCCGCCGCAGCCGCCAGCCCAGGCGCACCGGACAGCGGCCGCAGGCCUCGGGGACCCCCUGGGGACGCGGACCACGACUGACCAGAGCGACGGGGCCGUGGACUUGAUGGGGCUCAAUGUGACGCGAGCGGACUCGGGCAGGAUGGUGAUCGUGGUACCAAUCGCGUUGGAGGAGCGCGCAGAGACCAUCAACAUCCAGUUGAAGUUUAAGCCCAGGGCCAGUGAGGGGAGGGCGAGUGAGGAGGGCGCGGAUCCGCCCGUCGUCGACGGCGCGGCGAGCAGUAGUGCAGACGGCGCGCGCAAGGCACCGAAGCUGGAGUGA